AUGCAGUUUACGCCCUUAUUCCUGCAUUUGGUGGCCACUCUUGCCGCUUCCCCUGGCGGCACAUAUGAGCCCAAACAUGUUGAUUGUCCCCCAACCGUACUGGUUCGAGAGGCCAACGAUACCCUCAAUCCCAAAGAGAAAGACUACAUGGACCGGCGAUGGCUGCAGACUCAGCAAGAACAUGUCAAGUUUAUGGAACGUCUCGACAUUCCCGACUUCAACGUCUCCUUCUUGGACGAAGUCCCCCCUGUCGUGAUGGGAACUGCCUUCUCUGGAGGUGGUUAUCGAUCCAUGUUGACAGGAGCAGGUGUCGUUGCUGCCAUGGACGCCCGUGUAAACGGGUCUCUUGACCUUGGCGCGCUGGGUGGUCUCUUCCAAGCAAUGUCCUACUUGGUGGGCUUGUCCAGUGGAAGUUGGUUGUUGACCUCUCUCUUUCUGAACGACAACUUCACUGUUCCUGACCUUCAGGCUGCUCCUAACCUCUGGAGUCUCGAGAACUCAUUCUGGGGUGGAGAACGAAUGAAGGACGUCCAGCUUGACAACCCCGUUCCCAACCCUGGUAUUAUUGAUAACAACGGAACCGAGAGUGACAACAGUUCUCUUGUCAUUGGAUCUGGCCUGACAGAUCGUCUGAGCUCUCGACUGAAGAAUCUCGUCAAUCUAGCUCCUCGGAACAUCGUUUCCGACUCAAUCAAGCACCACUGGAAUCGACGACCUUCGACCGGUGGAGCUGAGGUUGUCAAAAACAUUAACCUCAACGACAUGUUGGCCAAACGACCUAACUCUGGUAUCGCUGAGCGUCUUCGAAACAUGCCUCCAAUCGGUGAGAGCAUUUCCAAUGGUCGGCGUACUCGUCCUAGCACUGGUUUUGCUGACCGUCUGAGAAACAGACCGAAGACUGGAAUCUCUGACAGACUACACCACCGUCCCAGUACUGGACUCUCUGAUCGGCUGCGAAACAGGCCCAGUACUGGCGUUUCCGACACCUGGAAGAAUCGACCCAAGACUGGCUAUGCUGAUCGGCUCAAGAAUUCUCAACGGCCCCACUUCGAUCUCGCCCAACGACUCAGAAAUAGACCCAAGACAGGAAUAUAUGAUAACGUCGACAAGGGGAUCUCUCGAAUAAAACCUGGGUUGUCUGAUGCCCGAAAGGCUCUUGACAAACACAUUCCUUCGAAACCUUCAAUGGGUGACUUCUUUAACCAGAGAAGACGUCAGUCUGAUCUCGAAAAGCUCUUGGAGUACGUUUCUCCUGACUUCCUCUGUGACCUAGACUAUUCAGAGUUCCUGAAGUACCUUGACCCUCUGUAUACUUAUUACCACCUGGAGAAUGAGAUCAAGCAGACCCUGUACUACUUCCUGAUGAUCAAGGAAGAGGUCGACCUGAAAUCCAGUGCUGGUUUUGUGACCACUAUCACUGAUUACUGGGGUCGAGCACUCGCCCGUCAGCUGCUUCCUGAUUCUCGAGGAGGACAGGGUACUACCUGGUCCGAUGUUCAAAUCACACCUCAGUUCAUGAACGCAUCUGUGCCUUUCCCUAUCAUGGUUGCGAUUGGUCGAGAGCCCUCCGAGUCUAACAGUACCUACAUGAUCUCUCCUCUUUGGUCGACUCUCUUCGAAAUGACUCCCUUCGAGUUUGGAUCUUGGAACCCUUCUUUAAACGCCUUCUCUGACACUCGAUACCUUGGUUCAUCCCUCUAUAAUGGGACCCCCGUCAACAAUGUUACCCUUGAGCCUGUUCCCUCAACUGAGCCCGUUUGUGUCUUGGGAUAUGAUAAUGCUGGUUUCCUUGCCGGCACUUCUUCCUCUGUCUUCAAUGAUCCUUUCGAGAAUUCGGGUAUCGAUCAGGACUACAUUCGAGAGCUCUUUACUGGUAUCAUUGAUGCCCUUGAGAAUUUCAAUACCUCUUUCUGGGGUGAAUUCUUUUCUACAGAGAACAGCACUGUCCCUGAAACUGAUCUUACUUGGCGGGACGCCGACUAUGCCAUCUUCUCACCCAACCCCUUCCUUGGGUUUGACUCUAACGCCACCACUGAUAAGUUUUCUGAGUCCAAACAUCUUUUCCUGGCUGAUGGUGGUGAGGAUGGCCAGCUGGUUCCCUUCGAGCCCCUACUUCAGGAACAGCGUAAUGUUGAUGUCAUCUUCGCCAUUGAUGCGUCUUCGAACACUGAGGACAACUUCCCAGAUGGAACUGCGCUGCGUAUGUCACAAGAGAGAUACCUUUCGGAGGAUUCUGAGCAGGCGGCUGGCAUAUCGUUUCCCCAGCUGGCUGCAGAGUUUGGCAAUGAACCUGUUUUCCUUGGAUGUUUCAUAAACUCGUCUUACUCGGUACCACCCAAGGGGAGAGCCUACAGCUAUAACUAUCGACGAGACCGUCCUGCCGAGCCCAAUAUGACUAUUCCUGUAUAUCCUCCUCCUCCCCCGUUCGAUUUCCCUAACUCUACCUUUGAUCCUAACUCCACUUUUUCAAAUGUUAGUAUGGCUUCCAGGGCUCACUGGAGAGCCAGACAGAUUCCUGUUUCCAACGGCACUACUAAUGAUACGGGACCUAUAAUUCGCCCUCGACCUCGCCCUCGACCCCGGCCCUCACGACCCCGGCCUAUCAUCGAAGAUGGUCGUGACUAUGACGCUGACUAUCCUUAUGACCACACUACCCCUAUUGGUGCCAUUCCAGUCAUGCCUCCUACAAAUGUUUCCACCGACCCCUUUGUCAACGUUACUGUUGGUGUCGACAAGUACCCUCCUCUCAUUGUGUAUAUCCCAAACAGCUACCAAUCUUACUGGACCGGUGAUAGUACUUUCCAGGUUGAGUUUUCCACCGAGGAUGUUGCCGGCUACAUUACCAACGGCUACAAUCUGAUGACCAGACAGAACUCCACUGUCGACCCCGACUGGAAUAAGUGCGUUGGUUGUGCCACUAUUCUCCGGGCUUAUCAGGGAGCCAACAAGACCAUCCCAGACUUUUGCAUGGGAUGUUUCGAUCGAUAUUGUGUUGAUUCAAGUAAAUGA